GUGACACACGUGGCGCCCCGCCCCGAUGCUCCACUUCCGGCCCUGCGUCCAAUCACAUCGCGCCCUUCCCGUGAYGUCACACAAUGGGACGGACAGAGGGCGGGAAAGGGAGCGGUUGCCGCGGCGACGGCGCCCGCUGUGGUCACGCCCACUUUGGGGACCGCGCCCCCUCCAGCCCCUGGGGCUCCUCCGGGUCUUUCCGGGCCACCGCGCCCCGCCCGGGGGUCACCGAGCGCCACCGGCGCCUCCUCCGCGCUCUCUCGAUCCCCCUGAGGGGACCCCUCAGCCCCCCCCGCCCGGGCCUUGACCCCGCCGCGCCCCCGCCCUGUGACGUCAUCACGCCGCGCCCUCCGCUCCAAGAUGGCGGCGGCCGGGCGGGGCUGAACCGGGCCCAGGCAGCCCCCGCGAUGCUGCCCGGUUCCCCCGCGAUGCUGCCCGGUUCCCCCGCGGCCCGGGCCGCUUGUGCGGCUCCCCGGUGAAGCGGAGGAAGGCGGCCCCGCGAUGCUGCGGCGGCUGCUGGAGCG